AUGCGCCAUUCGAUUCCUACACUGGUCACCCUCACAUUGGCUUCCAGGGCCCUCGCUAUCGCGGUCCCGAGCACAACGCCAUCUAACGCAGCUAACGUGGAUCCAGAACUUCUCGGUGUAUCUCUUGAAUUCUUCACGUUUCCAGCAUAUACCGAAAUUCCCGCAACUAUCAACUGCCUUGCCAACAUCCAGACCUUUCGUGGCGUCGCUCCUCCUGUCCGCAUCGGUGGUACGACCCAGGACCGCGCAACAUACAAUCCGUCUCUCAGUUCGGCAGUAAACUACACUGUUGCCUCCUCCGCGGACGCGCCGACCUCCCUCACCUAUGGCCCGAGCUUCUUCACCCUAGCUGCCGGGAUGAAGGGGGACGUAACGAUCGGGUUGAAUAGGCAGUUGAACAACCAAGCAAACAGCCUGCAGGCGGCACAACAGGCGAAGAGUGUUAUGGGCAACUUGUAUGCCUUCGAAUUGGGCAAUGAGCCUGACCUGUGGGGUACCGAGACAGUAGCUACAGACGCAACUUCGGAGACGAGCUGGUUCAAAGCGAUGUCAUCCUCCCUCGGAAAUGUCUUCCAAGCUGGCGUGUACCUUAGCUGGAAGAUUAGCGACCUCAUACCAGACCUCAUAAGCGAUGGUGGAACGAGUUUUGUGAAGUCAUUCUCGCGGCACUCUUAUCCGCAAAGCGCGUGCAACGGCGCUUCCACGAGUUUACCGACGCUCAUGAGUCAUUCCGGCAUUGUAUCGUACUUAAGCCAAUUCAAGAGCGAAGCGACUUUGGCACAUACUAACAAUAAGAAAUACUUCCUAGGGGAGACCAACUCAGGCGGCGGUAUCAGUCCAACCUUUGGGGCUGCGCUUUGGAUCGUCGACUAUGUACUGCAAGCUGCGUGGAUCGGUGUUGACCGGUUGUAUUUCCAUCAAGGAACGAUAGGCAAUUGUCAAUAUUGCUGGUGGGGACGUUUCAGUACAGGUGCUCCCUACUACGGGGCCGCAUUCGUCGCCGAAUUUCUAGGUACGGAUGGCACGAAGAUUUCAAUGCUUGAUGAUGGUACAAGCGCGAUUGGAGUAUAUGCGAUCUUCAACUCUGCUAAUAAGCCCGUCCGCCUGUUGGUGUAUAAUUCUAACUAUUUCGAUGGCACGGGUACAAGGUCCUCGACGUCCGUGUCUUUGACCGGCUUAACCGCCACGACCGCUAAAGGGAAGCGCUUUACAUCUGCAUCUGCUCCUAGUCGCGUUGAUGGCGGGGUCAUUCCGACGAUCGGCGGAGGUUCCUUCAGCACUACGUGCACUCAUAAUGGCACCACGACAACCGACAGUUUGACGCUUAGUGGAGGUGGUCUAAGCGUUGCAGUACAGGCUUCGGAGGCAUAUAUGGUAUUCUUGUCAUAAGCAUGCGGCAACAGUGAUUACAACUGCUGUUGAAGGAUGUAGAGCAAGCAGCGUCGUGAUAACGUGAUAAUGUGAUAUUGGUACAAGAUGCAACAAGCUGAACACGCCGAUCUCCUUAGAUCACUCUGGCUGGUCCUUGCCCCCGCGUUCCGUAUAUCUGUGCCAGCAAUCCCAGGACCCCACCAUCCUCAAGAUCCUCCUCCUCCUCCUGUUGCGAUCGGUUGAUGUCCGCCUUCGCCUUCGUCCCAUCAAUAUAAUCUGACUCGUCCAGUUCGUCC